AACCAUUCUCAUCCAUCAAAGUCUUCAUCAAGUGCUUUUAUAUAUAAAUAUGUCCUUAGCUUAUCGCACUUUUAGAUAUGCAUGACACUUUUUCAAACGAUAUCCACAACCAAUCUUUCUUUUUCUUCCUCUUCUUCUUCUUUUGCUAAGAUCUAAUGAUCUAUACUCUGUCAAUGGGUGAAGGUGAAAAUCAAAUACUCCAACCUGCUCCACGCUCCAAUAUGACUGUAUUUGAUAACUUGGCAGAAAAGAAGGUGAAUUGGGCGAUCAUGGAUGGUGAUGACGCAUCAUCUAGUUCAUCUUCUUCCAUUGGGAAUUUAUCAUCAACUUGUUCAAACAGAUCAUCAACAUCUUCAUCGGACCUGGUUGAUGAUGCCACAUCUUCUUCAACUCCAUCUUCAUCUUCUUCAUCGCAUUCUAAUGGACCUCUAUUUGAAUUAUCCGACCUCAUGGCCCAACUACCCAUCAAGAGAGGACUUUCCAAGUAUUUUCAAGGCAAGUCUCAGUCAUAUACAUCUUUAUCAAAGGUGAAGAGCAUAGAAGAUCUUGCAAAGAAGGAAACUCCUUAUCAAAGAAAAAUGAAGGCGUGCAAGAGCUAUGGUGGUGGUUUGGAUACCUAUAAAUCAUAUACUCUUCCUAAGCCCACCAUAUCUAAGAAGGUAUCAAGAGGCUCUUUUUCAUCUUUAUUAUCUCCUUCAAGUAGAAGAGGUAGCUUCUUAAGUACAAACAGGCUUCCUCCUAUUCCUGUACAAAAGAAUUUUUGAUUUAUAAAGUUGUACAAUCUGUAUGAUCCUAGCACACCGUAUAUAUUGCUUUUUGAAGA